CGCAACUGUGCUAGCGCCAAUCUCCGGUCCCCGCCAAUCUGGGAGAGACGCGAGCGGAUAUCUCCUUUUCCCGGCCGAGAGAUAGAUAGCCCAUAAGGUAAAUAUGUACGGGGUACGAUUUAAAUCAGAAGAACAUGAAAGACCUGAUGUCGGGACUAUACAAGUAGUAGGAUCGAUCCUCCUGCUAUCUUCCAUUCUUCUCCAUGUGGUUUAGAGGUACACCGAUAUGAAAAUGACUACCUUCUCUCGUCUCAUUCGCUUUCUAGCUACAGAUGGUCACAUUUAUUAUGGUGAUGCCAUCAUGCCCACUGGUACCAGUGACAUUGGAAAGGCGACUAGGGCACAGGUGAUUCAAGGGGAUAUUUUUGGCCAGCACCAAGUCACAGACCAAGUCGCUGAGGUUAAAACGCUCCUCGCACCACUGGCGAGGGAGGACAUUGUAACGGUGCGCUGUUUGGGAUUGAACUAUGAGCAACAUGCGAGAGAAUCCAACCUCCCCAUCCCUAAGUAUCCGGUCCUCUUCUACAAGCCCAUCACAGCCAUUACUGGUCCGCGUGAUGAUAUCCCCGUAUGUUCUAUGGCGCAAGACGGGGAGGGCCUGGACUAUGAAUGCGAGUUGGUUGUCGUCAUUGGCAAGGAAGCCAAGAGUAUUCCGGAGGAGCAAGCUUUGGAUUAUGUACUCGGGUAUGCUGUAGGAAACGAUAUUUCCCAUCGUGAGUGGCAACUCAAACGUGGCGGAGGACAAUGGGGUUUGGGCAAAGGCUUCGAUGGUUGGGCACCUUUUGGACCAGGCAUCGUCUCUACAAAGCUGAUCCGCAAUCCCAACGCCUUAAAUAUCUCAACUAAAGUCAACGGUCAAACAGUCCAGUCAUCAUCAACCAAAGAUAUGAUAUUCGGGGUUGCCCAGACGGUAUCAUUUCUCUCUCAAGGCACCACUCUGCUACCUGGUGACCUAAUCUUCACGGGAACGCCCCAGGGUGUUGGGAUGGGCCGGAAGCCUCCGGCUUGGCUUACAAAUGGCGAUCAGGUAGAGGUCUCUUUGGAAGAUGUGGGUUCAUGCGUUAACCGAGUCGCCUUUGAAAAGCCAUCAUCCAAGCUAUGAAAGAGAUAGUAUGGGGCUGGAUAAAUGUUUAACAGGUACUACGAGAGUUUUGCCUUUUCUGCUAUGGAAACAUAGUAACCAUGAAUCCUCUCUGCCGAUUAGGAUUUUGUUUAGUCA